UGUAUCUGCUCUCCCUAUGUGCCUCUCCCUCUCUCGCUGUCUCUCUGUUGCUCCCGCUUCUAUUGCUCUCUCUCCCACACACCUGUCACCUUCUGGGCUACUGAAUGGUGUCAACAUAGCUGGGCUCUGCUCGAGUGUGGGCCAUCGUACAUGAUAUGCCGCCUGCACUCCGCUGCUUGCUGAUAACACACACAUUUCUCAGAGAUAAGCGUAUCGAGUAACGCCUUGACGGGAUUAGUGUCAGGUUUUCUUUAAAAAACAGCAUACGUUCGAUUGUUCCAAGCAGUCAACGCCCCGCUCUCAGCAGUUAAGCAAGUGUCUACGCGGUUAUCACUAGCUUAGGCAUUCAACGUUUUGUUUCACUUUGCGUCCAAUUGAAUUAAUUGCAAAAUCCAAUCACAAUGGAUCUGAUGACAAUGGAUCAUGGUGAUGAUCAUGGUACUGUUGCCGCUGCCAAAACCUGUCCCAUGAUCAUGGUGUUCCACGGUGGCCACUGUGAGAGAAUUCUGUGGCGUAGCUGGGUGGCAUACACCGUUACCGAGUUCGCCUUCUCGUGCAUUGCCUUCUUUGUGAUGUCCUUUCUCUACGAGCUGCUGAAAUUCCUACGCGUACAGCUGGCUCGCCGUGAUGCACGCAGGGAGGCUGAGCAAUUGGCCGCUGAGCAGCGCCGGAAGAAUUUGAACGACUGCGGUGCCGGCUGCUCGGAAACGCCACUGGCCGAAAUCAGGGAUAAGACAUACUGGGAGCGCAUCUUCAACAUGCCGCACGUGAUCCAGUCCCUAUUGAACUUCGUGCAGAUUAUCAUCUCGUACUUGCUCAUGUUGGUCUUCAUGAACUUCAACUAUUGGCUGUGCUUGUCCGUGAUUCUGGGUCUGGCCUUUGGCUACUUCUUCUUCGGUUGGGUCAAGAAAGAUCCGCAGGACAGCGACUGUUGUCCCUAAUCUGGACCCCUUAAACCUAAGCUCACAAUCUUGGCCUAUUAAACUGGUAUUAAAUUAAACGUUUAAUUCCAAACAAUACUAAUGUACGCAUAUACUCUGAAAAAGCUUGACAAUUACUGAUUGCAAGUAGAUUUGGAUUGAGGUAAGUUCUACCUUCAAUCAGAGCAUAUAUCUUGUCAGCCUUCUUUACCGCAUAGUUAUUACAAAUCGACAUUAUUUAGCUAAAAAACAAAUUUAUUUUUAUUAUUUUUAAAUUUUUCUUUAAGAUUUAUGGCAUAAAUAGUCACCUAGAAUUUACUUAAAGAGCAUAAUGUACAAAUAAUUAUGAGAACGA